UUGCCUCCUCUUGGCCUCACCAGUGCCACCACCACACCCAUUGCCUCCUUUUCAUUUUCUCCCUCCAAACUCCCAAUUCUGUUCCAUUUUCUCACUUCCCCCAGUCCCAAUUCCUCCAACCCCUUCAUUUUAUCCCCUUCUCUUGCUCUCCAUAGAUGUUUCCCAGAGAAAAGAUUCACUCUUUCGUCAAGGCAGAUGUGGCUUUGUGGAUAUAUGAGAAGAGAUCAGGACAUGGAUAGUUCAAGAAAUGAUGAGGUGAAUGGGGUGCACAUGUUUGGUUCUGAUAAUGAGGUGUUCACUCAAGUUCCAACCCAAGCCCAAUCUGUUGUGGAAGGAUCAGGGUCAUUGCUGGUAUCAGGGUAUAAACCAGUCACUGAUAUGGAUUAUCUGCAGGAGUUAUUGGCCAUUCAACAAGAAGGGCCAAGAGCUAUUGGCUUCUUUGGGACACGAAAUAUGGGAUUCCUGCAUCAAGAACUUAUCGAGAUCCUGAGCUAUGCUAUGGUUAUAACUGAAAACCACAUUUAUACAUCAGGAGCAUCUGGGACGAAUGCGGCUGUUAUAAGAGGUGCUUUGAGAGCGGAGAAACCAGAACUGCUUACUGUAAUCUUGCCUCAGAGUUUGAAAAAGCAACCUCCCGAAAGCCAGGAACUGCUGUCUAAAGUGCAGAAUGUGAUAGAGAAGCCUCACAAUGAUCACCUUCAUCUGAUAGAAGCCAGCAGGUUGUGUAACCUUGACAUCAUUACUUGUGUACAGCAAGUCAUUUGCUUUGCCUUCCAUGACAGCAAGUUGCUGAUGGAAACAUGUCAAGAGGCCAGAAACCUUCGAAAAAUUGUGACUCUCUUCUACCUGGAUUGAGAACCAAUGCGCUCCUCCGCUCGAUACAUCAAUUUCCAUACACAGAGACGAAGAAAGGUGUUCUGCUUUGUUCGGUUUUGUAUGUAAAUUAGGAGCCAUCUUUCUUUGGAGAUUGUUUCAAUUUGUCUGUAAAUGUAGGAACCAUCUUUAUAUUGCAGAUUGUGUUAGUGACAAAGAGGGCCCAUUAGCUCUUCUUACUAUCAUUGGGGGGGAUAAAGAUAGUGGUUUAAUUUAAAAGGAAAGGAAGGAAAUCUUAGAAAUGUGUUCA